ACUAGCUAUAGUAGUAUUUUUAUCCCAUAAAAUACGUACAUAAGUUUAGCAAAGCUUAUAGGUAACUGCUCUAUAUUUUAUUACUACAGAUCAAGGCUGAAUUUGCAAAAGUUAUGGGGAAUAAAGACGUAGCUACACAGGUGAAGGAAAACUUCAACAAAGUCUGGCGUCACAGGCUGUUGGCAUAUGCUGAGAAAAACGGUAAUUAUUCAGAAGACUUGAAGAAAAUGCACAAUGCUAUUGAUAGUGGUAUCCUUGAAGAAGGCGAAUGUGCUGGUAGAGCAGCUAUCAAAAUCGCUCAAACUGUCUUCAAGCAGCCAAACAGCAGGAGGACGCCUCGUGUUAAAGAAGCUGUUAUCAAAGUUGUUAAGAAUGGCGCUUUCCUUGAUGAAGAAAUAAGAACACAAAUUCAACCUUGUAUUUUGGUUGUGGAUGACAUUUAUCAAAGUGACUUAAUAUAUGUAGUGGCAGAAGGAAUAGUUUUGUGCCAUGUAACGACCAAAAAGAUUGGCGAUGCUCUGGUUGCUUUGUUGGCCACGUACUAUAUAUACAAUAUACAAUACAUUGAUGGCAAGAAUGUCUAUAGCUUUCUUGACAUGGCAUUAUUGGGAAUUAUCCCAGAGAAGUGUCCAUCUUCGGUGAAAAGUUUAGUUGGAGUAUUAUCAAAUGUGUUGAACUAAUCAUGAAUGCACAUGCAUGGCUAUAUAGAUUAUGUUUUAUUUCAAUUCUUUUUUGUGAAGUUUAAGUUGAGUGAGAUAAAAAUAUGUGCAUGUAAACUAUUUUAAUGAAGGUGUUAAGCACUUGUGUGCUUACGUAUAUUAUACGAGUCUUGUUUAUUGUAA